AUGCUCUACUAUGCCAACUUUACUCGAAGAUUAGGAGACGUCGAUGAAGGCAGUACAGUGACUGACUUCCUUCCUGCCGAGCGAGCCAGAGGCAUCACAAUCCAGUCUGCAGCCAUUUCAUUCUCAUGGCCGCCAUCGCCAGGAAACAAGCAGCAUCCAUUCGCUCCAGGGACGCCAAGGUCACACAUCCCCCACAACAUCAACUUGAUCGACACACCCGGACAUGCGGAUUUUACAUUUGAAGUCCUUCGAUCUUUGAGAGUGCUUGACGGCGCUGUGUGCAUUCUGGAUGGCGUUGCCGGUGUUGAAGCUCAGACGGAAAAGGUGUGGGCACAAGCCGCGGCAUACGCCAUUCCUAGGAUUGUCUUUGUGAACAAGCUGGAUCGUGAUGGCGCUGCAUUUGGGCGUACUGUUAAGGAAGUCGGCGCUAGGCUUGGUGCCUGGCCAGCAGUCUGCGGCAUUCCGUGGUGGAGUGCAGACGGCCGACUACAAGGCGUUGGCGAUGUUGUCGGGCUGAGAGGCUUGAGAUAUGUUGAAGGUGGCGAUGGCAAGGAAAUCCAAGCAUUUGAUUUGAGCAAGCUGCAAGGCGAAGACGCAAAGCUGGCUGAAGAAUUGAAGACGGCUCGAGUUGCGCUCAUCGAACGCUUAUCCGAACACGACGAUGAGAUGGUCGAGAAAUAUCUCGACGCAGACGAAGAUCAUCUUGCUAUCAGUGCAGGAGAUGUCACUGAAUCGCUGAGAAGAUGUGUGUUGCAAACCCCACAACAAGUGGCUCCUAUCUAUGCUGGAGCAAGUUUCCGCAAUGUUGGAGUCCAACCUUUGUUAGAUGCGAUCGUUGAUCUCCUCCCUUCCCCUGAAGAACGACCUGAUCCUGAGGUGAGCCUCGGCUCUGGUACGAAAGGCGGCUUGAGCGUCUUCCUCUCCGGCAAGCUCGUGGACGAGGCUACCACGCAGACAAAAGUAUCAGGUAGAGCUCUCAGCAAAAAUCAAGCAACAACGGCGCUGCAAAAACUGGAAGCAUGUGCUUUGGCCUUCAAAGUGGUUGCGGAUGCCAAAAGAGGAGUCCUCGUGUAUGUACGAGUAUACUCUGGCACGGUCAACCGUAACGCGGCGCUCUGGAACACGAAUCUGCAGAAUAUGGAGCGCGCUCAGAGACUGAUGAAAAUGUAUGCCAACGAGGCAGUCGAUAUCGACUCCAUCCAAGCUGGACAUAUUGGAGUGAUACCAGGACUGAGAUUUGCCAGGACUGGAGACACUUUGAUAUCGUAUCAAGGGGCGAAUCCCAAGACUGGGCCUCCGCUACCCAUUGGCAGUCUCCAACUACGACCCAUCAAUGUACCGCCUCCAGUCUUCUUCGUCAGUGUCGAGCCGAACAGUCUAUCAGAGGAAAAGCAUAUCAAAGGAUCACUGGCCUUGCUUCUUCGAGAGGAUCCGAGUCUCUACGUGUCUUUGGACGAGGAAAGUGGACAGACCCACCUUGCUGGAAUGGGCGAAUUGCAUCUCGAGAUUGCCAGGGACCGUCUGGUUAAUGAUCUCAAAGCCAAAGCCAGGAUUGGCAAUAUCGAAAUUGGAUACAGAGAAGCAAUCACUGCCUCGAGUCCUGAGGUUACGGAAGUCUUUGACCGAGAGGUGGGAGGUAAGAGCUCCAAGGCUGCCUGCUCAGUGGCUGCCGAGCCACUUUUAGAGGAGGACGUGGGCAGUAAUGCACACUCGAUGGAGCUGCAUGACAAGAACGUGCUGAGCGUGUCUUUCCCGACACUGCACGGAGAUGGAUCAUCCAUCGAUCCAGAUGAACCCGGACUACCAGAACACCUUCCCAUACAGAUCAUCCUCCAGGCCCUUCAGAACGGCGUCUCUGCGGCCCUCGCAAGAGGUCCGACACACAGUUAUCCCGUUCACUCCACUCAAUUGCAAAUCACAUUCGACCCGGCUCAACACAUAUUCCCCAACACCACACCAGCAGCAAUAUCAUCAGCAGCGCGAUUAGCGGUCCAAAAAGCAUUGAAACAGAGCGCAAGCGCUAGUGACAGCGUCCUAAUGGAGCCUGUUAUGAUGGUCACUAUCAGCGUCGAUGAAGAAAGCAUCGGUUCAGUCGUCCACGACAUCUCCUCUGCCCGCGGCGGCAGCGUUGUCUCUCUGGGUUCAGAGGACAAUCAAGAGCCCUCAUCGUCAAACGAAAUCGACGUCUCCAAAAUAUACGCUCCUGCAGACCCCUUCGCUGGCGGGCACGUAACGUCCGACAUAGCGAGUGUGGGCAAUGGGAUGCGGCAGAUUGUGGCGCGGGUUCCGCUAAAGGAGAUGGUGGGGUAUCUUAAGCAUUUGAGGAGUCUGACAGGUGGCAGAGGGACCUUCACGAUGAUUGUGGAUCGGUUUGAGAGGAUGAGCGUACAGAGGCAGAGGGCUGUGCUGAAUGAGAUGAGGGGGGACUAUACUUGA